AUGAAAAUUCACGCCAAUUUAUUGAUACAAUCAGGUCUCCGCGCGAGUUUGGGAAACCGCGAGCUAGUCGACUUCAGACGCGCAGCUCACGAGCAAUCAAAAGACUUUGUAGACGACGGUGACAACAACAAUGAUCCAUUUGCCACUCUAAAUGCUGGUGUCAACGACGGUGCAGGAGCGUGA